AUGGAUGCUGGAGCUUCAACACCUUCCUACAAUGCAGGCGACAUUGCCUGGGUUCUAAUUUCUACUGCGUUAGUGUGGUUGAUGAUCCCAGGUGUCGGCUACUUUUACUCUGGCAUGGCUCGUAGAAAGAACGCCUUGUCCUUGAUCAUGUGCUGUAUGCUCUCGCUAGUCGUAGUCAGUGUGCAAUGGUUCAUAUGGGGCUUUAGUUUGACAUUCAGUAAAACCGCUACCAAUGGCUUCAUUGGCAAUCUUGACAAUGCCUUCUUGCGCGGAGUCCUCAAUGACCCUUCAAUUGGUGGUGCUUCUAUCCCUGAUCUCGUCUUCUGUAUCUUCCAAUGUAUGUUUGCCGCAUUGACUCCUGCUCUUGCUAUCGGAUCUGCAGCUGAACGUGCUCGACUUUUGCCCAUGAUCAUCUUCAUCUUUAUCUGGUCGACUCUUGUAUACAACGUUGUUGCCAGUUGGACUUGGAAUGCUAGCGGUUGGAGUGCAAAGCUGGGUGCUAUUGAUUAUGCUGGAGGUACUCCCGUUCAUAUCACUAGUGGUUUCGCUAGCUUGGCUUAUGCAAUAAUUCUGGGACGUCGUGAAGGUCAUGAUCGCAAUAAGAAGGACGAAUUCAAACCUCACAACAUGUCUAAUGUCGUUUUGGGCACAGCAUUGCUCUGGUUCGGUUGGUUUGGAUUCAACGGGGGCUCCGGUCUUUCUGGCAAUCUUCGUGCUGCCAUGGCUUGCGUUGUCACCAACUUGGCUGCCUCCGUGGGCGCUAUUACCUGGAUGCUUAUCGAUUAUCGUAUUGAACGCAAGUUUUCUGCUUUGGGCUUUUGUUCUGGCGCCGUUGCUGGUCUUGUUGCUAUCACUCCUGCUUCUGGUUUCGUUGGCCCUGCACCUGCUGUUGCCAUUGGUUUCUUGGGUGCCUGUGCCUGUAACGCUGCUGUCCACUUGAAGCACUGGCUCAACUAUGAUGAUGUUGCUGAUGUCUUUGCUGUCCAUGGUGUUGGCGGAUAUAUUGGUUCUUGGUUGACCGGUCUCUUUGCUGAGGCUUAUAUUCCUGCUCUUGAUGGUUCCACUGUGAUUGCUGGAGGUUGGAUGAAUCAACAUUGGAUUCAACUUGGCUAUCAAAUUGCUGAGUCUACAGCUGGUGCUGCUUGGUCAUUCGUUGUUACCUACCUCAUUUUAUUCAUCAUGAACAAGAUUCCCGGUCUUUCUCUUCGUGUUGAUCGCGAAUCUGAACUUCAAGGCUUGGAUGUUGCAGAAAUUGGUGAAAUGGCUUAUUAUCAUGUGGACAAGAUCGUUGGCGUCAACCAAAACACUGGUGAAGAGAAGGUUGUCAAGGAAGAAGUUGAAGGAUACAGCUAUGAAGCCCAAGCUCAAGGCUCAAUGGGUUCUCAAAAGCCUUUAAGCAAAGAAAGCCUCAAUAACGUUUAA